CUAGAAAAUAAGUAAUUUUCUGAAUUUUCACCAAAAGCACGCACGAAACGCAGCCGAGCAACAACUGAAAGUGAGGCUUCUUCAGCUUCAGCUCGACUAUGAAUCCAAUUCUUCAAACGUGAAAAAAAUAAAGCUGCUAAUCAUUUCACGCUUUCUGGAUAUAAUAUUGGAAACUGAAACUUGAUUACCUAAGAUGAAGAAGCUUCUAGAAUUUGGGAGGAGAGCAAUGUUCUAUAUUAGGGUUCUUUCAGGCUACGAAGAGCGUCGAAUCCGAUCUUAUCGGUUACAGAUGCAACAGCGCCUUCAACAGGCGGAGGAGAGGAAGGCAGCAAUAAGGAAGGUUCCUGAACAAAUGAUAUUGUCAGAAGUUAGGCGCAUGGUGGAAGAGAUGCAAGCUUUGAAUAAGAAGCUAGAGGAGACUGAGGCUGCUAUUGAUGACUACUUCAAACCAAUAAACAAGGAAGCAGAAGCAAUAGUGAAAAUGCAGCUUGAAGGAGAGGAGAAUAGAACAAAGGAGAUGAUGAAUAUCUUGCAGAAACAAGCUUUUCUUGAGAAGCAUCAGGCAGAGAAAUUAAUAAGCGCAGAAAAUGUGGUAACAGAAAAACAUGGCCAAGAUAAAGCAUCUACAUAGAUUCCACCAGAAGUAAGAUGCUUUUGUAGAGUAUAAAGUUGUUCUUGAAAUUGAAGAGUACGAAUUUAUGUUGUUUUGCCUCUUAGAUGUGGCAUGGUUUUGGCAAUCCAAAAAGGGAGGAGGAUCUGCCCUUCCAAAGCUUCUGAUAAAUUUGGAACAAGUAGGGAAGCAGGAAUCAAUAAAACAUUUACCUUCUCAAAAAAAGUAGGGAAGCAGGAAUUAGUUUGUUUAUUUCAGUUGCCAGUGAUGAUUUCUGUUGUAAUUUAUACAUUGUCUCAAUGGGAUUUUCUCGUUCCCAGCAUAGAGUGUCAAUGGUUCCAGUAAAAAGCCAUGUCACAUUCAGCUUCAGCGAAGCUUUGUAUCUGAUGAGUUUGUUACAGAAAACAGAAGGAAAAUUUUGGAAUAUGUCGAUUAUAAUACAGGUUUUUAAGGAUC